AUGAGACGACAGCGGCACAAUGGCACGCAGCGGCGGGGAAACAACGACGGCGGGAGGGCAACAGCGUCGGCGACAACAACAGGGCGGCGACGGCAACUUUACGGGGUGACGACGGCUAGUCUUCGGCGACUAGAGGUGCGGUUCGACGACGGCGGCGACGGGUUCAGCGGCGGGCGGUUUUCGGCGACCGGGGGCGCAGGGGCAUCGACGGCGGGUACACGACGGCACGCGGGGACAGCAGCGGCGUCGGCGGGUUCUACGACGGCACGCGAGAGCGGCGGCAGCGUCGAUGAGGGGCACGGCGGCAGGGACGAGCAGCGGCGUGCGAGGAGCAGCGGCGGCAGGUGCGGCACACGGCAGGAGGCGGCCUCAGCAGAGGACUUACGCAAGGGUCCAGCGGCGACGGCAGGCGCACAGAGCGGUGCGGCGGCCGGAAAAUCGAGGUCGCACGGGCUCGCGACGACGCACAGCGCGUUUGUCCCGGGCAAGAGGAGGGUGCCCGAAGGGGCAAUCGCGUGA